AUGGGAGUUCGUCAAAAUCCUUGGACACCAACCAAAAGACGAGGACCCAUCGCUGCUGAAACUGCUAGUCCUGGACCAGCUGUCGUUUCUCUUCCUUCUCUUAUAGGCAAGCCUCCGCCGGAAUCUAGAAAGCCAAGAGCACCAGCGUUCACGUUUGGACAGAAAUUGGAAGCUGCGGGUAAGGAUAAGAGUGGCCCCGGUCCCGCUUCUUACAACACGGAAGGCAUGACAGCUAAAGGACGGGCGGCGGGCCCGGCGGCUUCUUUGCAUGGUCGAUGGCCACCACCUCGAGUAACGCCAACACCAGCUCCUUGCGACUACGAGCCCAGCAAGGCUGCCCGAGCUGUUCUUGAUCAUGCUCCAGCAUUCUCGAUAGGUCUUCGCGUUUCUCCCCCACAGGCAGGAAAUAAAACACCAGCGCCUAACGUUUAUUCUAUGCCACCUGUUCUUGGAGAAGCGAGAGAAGGCAGCAAGCGAGCGGCACCGGCAUUCAGUAUCACGGGUCGUGGCAAAGCGAUCGAGUCGAAGACACCGAUGCCUGGUCCUGGCACUUACACGACGGAUAAAGCGGCAUCUGUUAUUACUAAACGUCCUCCAGCCUACACUAUGGCACCUAGACGGGAGCUGAAGCCUCCAACCGCAGCUGUUCCUGGUCCGGGAGUCUAUUGUCCAGAAAAAGCUAAGUCUCAUCGUACUCAAUCACCAAAACUCACAGUUAAGUCAUCUAGUAAAAUUAAAAAAGUAGAGCAGAUACCAGCGCCUAAUGCUUAUAGUCCGGAAAAAGCAGAUAGGAUUUUAAGAGAAAAAUCUCCAGCGUUUUCUUUUAGAACUAAAUCAGAAAUAAUCAAAGUUCACGACGCCCCUGCACCAAAUGUAUAUUCUCCGGAAAAAUCUUUACAUGCUUUGAAAAACGGUCCUAAGUAUACUCUUUCUGGAAAAGGAACUGCGGAGAAACAUGAUAUUACUCCUGCACCAAAUUCUUACAACCCCCAAAAAGCUGAUAAAUUACUUCGUGAAAGUUCACCUGCUUAUACACUGAGAUCCAAAGAAAUAGUUGAAAAGAUUGAGGACACACCAGCUCCUAAUGUAUAUGCUCCGGAAAAAUCUAUGCACAUGUUAAAUGGUGGUCCAAAAUUUACAAUAUUGGGCAAAGGAUGUCAGAUGAAAACGGAUAUCUUGCCUGCUCCUAACAGUUAUAAUCCGGAAAAAGCUGAUAAGAUUUUACAUGAAAGCACUCCAGCAUAUUCUUUUAGGGUUAAAGACCAUCCAACUGUAAGGAGUGAAUCACCAGCUCCGAAUGUUUAUUCGCCUGAAAAAUCUAUGCAUUCAUUAGACAGUGCUCCAAAAUUUUCAAUAAGUGGAAAAGGUCACUCUGAAAAAAUUGCAGAUACUCCAAGCCCAAAUGCCUAUAACCCUAAUAAGGCGGAUAAAUUAUUACACGAAUCCUCACCUGCUUACACGUUUCGAGCAAAAGAUAAAAUAUUAAAAACUGAUAAUUUUCCUGCACCUAACGUGUAUUCGCCCGAAAAGUCAAUACAUUUAUUAGAUAGUACACCAAAAUUUACCAUGGCAGGUAAAGGUUCUUCUCCGAAAAUAGAAGAUGUUCCGGCUCCAAAUGCAUAUUGCCCUGAUAAAGCUGACAAACUUCUUCACGACUCUUCACCUGCUUAUACGUUAAGACCUAAAAUUUCGGAAGGGAAACUCAGUGACACUCCAGCACCUAAUGCAUACGAACCUCGCCUUAAAGAUGAUGCUCCAAAAUAUAGCUUGUACGGAAAAGGACAUGACAUUAAGCCAUCUGAUACCCCUGGACCUAAUGUCUAUGAUCCGCGCUUACUUGAUAAUACUCCUAAGUACUCUUUAACAGGAAAAGGUCACGAUACCAAAGUAUUCAAUACACCUGGACCUAAUAGUUACGAUCCUCAUGUACCUUCAAAUGCACCAAGAUACACCAUGUCAGGGAAAGGUCCCGAUGAAAAAUUUCCUGAUGUUCCUGCUCCGAACGCUUAUAAUGCUUUAUUACCUAAUAAUGCACCAAAAUUCACGAUGAGUGGAAAAGGUACUGACCCUAAAAUGUUUAUUACUCCUGGACCUGAUUCUUAUGAUCCACAUUUACCUCAAAAUAGUCCGAGAUAUACAAUGGGUGGUAAAAGUAAUGACCCAAAAUGUUUUGAGGUCCCAGCGCCUAAUGCAUACGAGCCUCAUAUUAUAAAUGGAUCUCCUAAAUAUACAAUAUGUGGAAAAGGACACCCUGAUAAAAUAAUUGACAACCCUGCUCCUAAUGCCUAUGAUCCAAAUAAAUAUCCACACAGUGGCGAGCCAAAGUAUAGUUUUGGUAUCAAACGACCAGCACUGAAAACUGAUAACUAUCCCGCUCCUAAUGCUUACAAUACUGAUCGAGCUGAUAAAGUUUUACAUGAAACUUCACCGGCAUAUACAUUCCGACCUAAAAUUGAUGACAGCAAAAAACCAGAUACACCGGGUCCCAAUGUGUACAAUAUAGAGAAGGCUGAUAAAGUUAUUUUAGAACAUACCCCUUCAUACAGUUUAUCACCGAAAGGAAAGGAUGCCAAAAUAAACGAUACCCCAGCACCAAAUGUUUAUAAUCCAGAAAAAGCUGACAAGCUCUUAUUAGAUAACGCACCACGAUAUUCGUUCAGAAUAAAAACAAACCCACAUAAAUCAGAUAAUAAUCCAGCCCCCAACAAUUACAACCCUGAUAAGGCCGAUAAACUUUUACACAGUGCUCCACAAUAUACAUUUAGAAUCAAACCCGAUGUCAUAAAAGCUAUGGAUACUCCUGCACCUAACUCUUACACUAUACCAAAUCUCCAAAAAACUCCACUUUACACGAUUUCUGGAAGACAUAAAGAGCCAAUUGAUGAACGUCUAAAAGUUCCCGCUCCGGGGACAUAUAACCCAGAAAAAGGCUACAAAUUUGUUUUGACAUACUCACCGCAAUACACUUUUGGCGUAAAAAUCCACACUGACAAAUAUGCUGAUACGCCAGCUCCCAAUAGUUAUCGUAUUCCGUCUGUAUUGGAGAGUCCCGUCUACACUAUGGUAGGUCGUCCGAAAGACCCUAAGGAUGAUCGCUCUAGAAUACCGGCACCAGGAACAUAUUCUCCAGAGAAAGUACAGAUCAAUAAAACCCCGCAAAUAACGUUUGGAAUAAAACAUUCUCCUCUUCUGGGUCAACUUAAGCCAAUUGAACCUCUUCGUCAUGUUAUGCAAACAAUGAAAAAACCUGCUGAGAAAGAAGUGCAUCACGAUAAUCACAGAGACUUGUCUGAAACUUGGGAAAAAGAAAGUAUAGUGAUCAAAACAAAUGGCCAUGUCAACCCACCCAGAACGCCUGAAACAAAUUCUCGACAAUCUAUGUAUGAGUCUAUAGAUUCCAAUAGCGAUGCUCGCAAUGUGCACACACAUGUGACCCAAGUUAGGAAUGAAAUAAGAAGUUCUACAGCUACGCCAGAGCCUAUCCAAGAAAGGCUUACCCAAGAAAUAGUUUGGGUUCCUGAAACCCAGCCUCGACGAGGUUCUUAUACAAUAGAAAAAUCAGAUGGCAAUGGGUUUAUUGAACGUUAUGAGAAUAGUGAAGUCAUUCCGGUUGAAAAUGGAGCUAUUCAUAUAUCUGGUAGUGGAGAGAGAGGAGCUUCAUGUACUGAGGAGCAUAGUAACGAAGUGAUUGAAAAGGAUGGCUUCUUGCAAAAUGUUAAUAAAACAGUAAACAACUCCAGCGCACAUGAGCAGAGUCAGAAAGCUAGCGAGGAAGUUCGUGUUGGUAGUGAUAUUCAGCACUUACCAAAUGGUGGUAUUACGAAGACCACUACAACAACAACCAUAAAAAAAGUAGGAAAAUCAGCCAAAACAGCGAAUGCUACGACCACAGUCACUCGAACCAAUACUGUUGUAUCUGCACGCGAUGUCGGCGCUAAAUGA